GAGAGAUUAGAAAAGCCAGAGAGAAGAGAGAGAGAGAGUAUUAGAGAGAGAAAGAGUUGGCCCAUGGGAUCGGAGAAGCUUUCAUCUUCUUCUACUUCCAUGGAGUUUUGAUUAUUUGGCACUCUCUUCUUCUCUUUUGUUUUUUUUUUGUUUACUUCAGAUUUUUUAUUUUAUUUUUCUCUUUCUGAGUUGUGAUUUAAAAUUGUUCUGAGUGAAUCUAGGAAGCACUUUUAAUAUUCUCUUCCCUAAUAUUAUUUUUUAUUAUUAUUAUUACUAUUGUUUCAUUUCUUCUCGGAUAAAUUGAGACGACGAUUUACGAAGAGGGGGAGAGAAGAUUUUUCGUCUGUUCGAAAUUGCGAUCAGAUGAUGAUGAUGAUGUGUGUCUGAGUUGCAGUUUUGGUCAGCUUACUGUGGAGGAAAUGCAAAUUGGUUUUUCGCAAUGAGAGAUGCUGCGGAUUCAUCAUCAUACUCUGAAUACGAGAAAGAUUUCAUGAAACAAACAAUGCUUGAACAAGAGGCUGUUUUUAAGGAUCAGGUGCAUGAGCUCCAUCGUUUGUAUAGGGUACAGAGGAAUUUGGUCGAUGAAGCAAAAGGAAAGAGCUUGAAUGAAGAUAUGGACGUGAGUGAGCAUACAUCUGUUAAUGCAAGUAAAAGGACGUUACCUGGAUUUCUCUUACCAAACUCGGCAUAUGGAGAAGGAAGCAACACUCAAGCUUGCAACGGUCGUUUGCAAAAUGGGGUUAGCUCAACGGAUGGGGAUGCGUUCCAGGGCAGAGAAUUGAAGGCCAAGAGAAGAAUGAUCGAUCUUCAACUCCCCGCUGAUGAGUAUCUUGAUGCUGAUGAAGCUACCGGUGAGAAUACUCUCUGUCCUCCAUUCCAGCAGUCAAAUUCAGGAAGAGGGGAUGCUUCUCAUCCGAGCUAUCCUUCAGGUUCUUCCUUGGAUGUGAAGUACGUAAAUGGCUUAGCUGACUUGAACGAGCCACUCAAAUUGCAAGAUUCAGAACCUAUUGCUCCAUCAAGAGAUAUGUAUUCUCAUUAUGGAAGAAACAAUGCUGAUGUUCGAGGUCACUGGUUGGAGAAUAAUCCAAGUCGAAAUGGAAAGAUGGUCCUUGAAGCAGGGCAUAAUAGAAGCACUCAGAGAGAUCAGUUGCAUCUGCCUUCCUAUUCUGGACAACUACUUUCCAACAAUGCAUUUCAACCUCAGAGCUAUCCUACAACUGAUAAUAGCAAGGCACAAUUCUCCAGGGAAAGAGCAUAUCGUGAGCUAGAUGUUCGGCCAAAGACUCCUCAAGUUUCUUACAAUAGCUACAUGGAAUCAAGUGUGGCAUCUAAUGCUUCAAGCUUACACAAUGACUACCGUCCUGGCUUUGUCAGACCAUGGAGCCGUUGGUCACCUUCAUGGGAGAACCCUAUGAGCAGUUCACAUCAGACGUCUUACCCAGUUCAAACAAACCCCUUCAUGUAUUUCAACACACAUGCAAGGGCAGGUUCGAGUUUCGAGACGAGAAGCCGUGUCUCUAAUGGGCUUUAUCAAGGAUUCUCUUCAGGGUCCAAGCAGUCUUUCUUAAAUUUCCCAUCAACCAGCUUUCAAGCAAAUGCUUCUCUAGGCGACGAAGUGAAGAGCCAGAGUUUUGAAAGCCUUCAAGGGCCAAGAAAGCAGGAAUACUCAGCUGGGUUGCCCUGGCUAAAACCUCAGCCAACUUACAAAAGUGAAAAAUCCAAUGGCUGCUUUGAUUUGAAUGCUUCAACAAAUCAAUUCAUGGAUGGAACUCAGAUUGUGGGCGACCUACCUACUGUUUUUCCUCAUAAGGUUUUGCAAUCUGCUUCAUACUCUAAUAACGCGAACAUGGGAAGAGCUGAAAUGAUCAAGUCUCAGAGUAGUACAAAAGUUAUUGGAGGCCCAAUGUUGGAGAAGCAAUUUAUUUUCAAGCAGGAGCAUACCCCCCUUAUCUCCCAUUCCUUGGUAAAGCGAGACCUCGAUAUCAACUUGCCAUGUGAUGCCUCGGUUUCUUUGGACCAGCAUGGUGGCAAAGCCGUUUGCGUAGAGAAGAAGGAAGGGAAAAAAGCUGCCGAAUUCAGGCCCGACAUUGAUCUGAAUUCAUGUGCUAGUGAGGAUGAUGCAGAUGCCGGCUUCCGUCCCAGUCUGAGAGUGAAAACAGAAGGAAGAACUUCGAUUGAUUUGGAAGCUCCCCCUACUCUCGAGAGUGAAGAAGAAGGAUAUAGCUCGCAGGAGAAAACAAAAGAAGAAACUUGGGAACUGAUGCAAGACCAAGACGGAAACUCUAUGAGUGAACUCAUCAAGGCAGCAGCAGAAGCAAUAGUUGCCAUCUCACUGUCUGAUCACCAACGCCAUCCCGAUGACGCAACUUCCUCUUCGACUGAUGCAGCUGCUAAAUGCCCACUCUCUUUGUUUGCAGACAUAAUCACUUCUUGCAGUGAUGGGUUAGAAAGAAAGGUUGAUGGUUCUCCAGAAGCUACAGACUUUGAGGGUUACCGGGAAGAAUAUUCUUCUGGGGAGAUUGAUUACUUUGAAGCGAUGACCCUGAGUUUACAGCCGAUGAAGGAAAAAGACUACAUGCCAGAGCCAUUAGUCCCUGCGCAUCUGAAAUUCGAAGAGACGAGUAUUAACCGGCCUAGAAGAGGACAAGCAAGACGAGGAAGACCAAAGCGGGAUUUCCAGAGGGAUAUUCUCCCCGGACUCUUUUCUCUAUCGAGGCAAGAAAUAACUGAAGAUAUCCAAAAGUUUGGGGGGCAUAUGAAAACCACAAACUACACCUUGAAUUCUGGAUUGGCUGCUCGAAGAAACUCAAAAAGAAAACGACUGGCCACUAACAUGAGCGAAGCUCCAGUUAGCCAGUCAACAGCGCAGCCAAGGAAUGAGAGGGUAUCAGUGGUGGGACUUGAAGACGGUAACCUCACAGGAUGGGGAGAAGCAACAAGAAGACCGAGGAGACAAAGGUGCUCUACUGCAGGUAAUCCCGCAACCGUGAUGUUAACAUGAUAGUUUCAGGAAAUAAUCGGAAUUUGCUAAACUUGAAAACUCUAUAGAGGGGGGUAUAAAACAGAGCUUUUAUAACAAUCAUUAUACUACAGUAGACUGAUGUUUUUUUUUUUCAAUUAUUCUCACCCUAUGUUUUGGGUGAUUUGUUGUCGUUUUUGUAUAUCUUGUCUUCUGUAAGAUGGACAAAAUAUGAUUUGCUUUGUAUUAUAGCCUAGUUGGUUAUAAAACAGAUAGAUUUUCUUAAA